UCCUCGACCCUUACACAGUAGCCUCGUUUGACUCCAUAACAGAUCCGAUUUAUUAUUCUAGAAGUCGGCUGUAGAUUGGAUCAGCGGGACGGACGCGGCGUCAUUGCAUCGUUGAACAUCUUAAAGGAGGCUGUGUUGUGACUGUCGUGUCCCUUGUGUUCAUUUUUACUAAACUAUUCUGGAAAAACACUUAGGCAGCGAAUCAAAUGUAGAACAUGGCACAACUGGACAGCUGCGACGACGUAGAUGCUUUUAUCAAAAGACUGGAGAAGGAGUCGCAGACUAAGUUUGUCACUUUUUCUGUGGACCGCCAUUACAAUGACAAAGAGUGGCAGCCUUUACCUGUAAACCGAGUGCACUGGCAAUGGGCUGGUGGUGCUGGGAUGCCUGCCAUUGAAUUCACUGGGACCCCAUUCAUGUUUAUGGGAUCUAAAAGGCUUGUGUGCCAUCAGGGCAAAGACCUCGCUGUGUCCCAAAAGAGAAAGUACUUUGAAGAAAAGGCAAGAAAGAUGUUGGAGGACCAGAGUUUUGCCAACCAGAAAUCUCGUCGGCCAUCCACAAAAAAGGUGGGAUGUCCAGCUGCCAUAUCCAUCAGCAAGAUUGCAACAUUUCCUAAAUUCAAGGUACAUGAAAAUACCGAAAGAAAUAAGAAGGCAGCCUCCAAAAUUCUGAGAAUGGCCUUGGAGAGAGAUCCAGUUGUGUGGGAAACACGCUAUGCUGUCACUCAUUCAAACGAACAUGCUGGACAUGCAAAUGGAAGGAAUGAGACUGAUGUGACUUCAUGUGGUUUGCCUCCACUUAAACGAGCGCGAAAACCAGAUCUGAGGAAGAAAUGUAUCAAACUCACCAAACAACUGAUGGACAGCUUACAUGUCAUCGAGGAUCAACACACACUAGAAGAGCUUUCACAAAUUUUAAGCACCCUCAUGAAAGACCUUGCACCACUUACAAGCAAUGUGGAGAGGAAGCCACUUCAUCUGCAAACAAAGAGGGUCAGAGUUUCAUCGGGCCAUCCAACGGGAUCGUCACAGCGGUGCAUUGGAAAACUAAAAUCCACAAACUUGAGGAAUGUUGAAGCUCCUGCAGAGAACAUGGAGGCUCUUCUUAGUUGAAUGUCUACAUUUUACAGCUUCUUUCUUUCUUUCUUUCUUUCUUUCUUUCUUUCUUUCUUUCUUUCUUUCUUUCUUUCUUUCUUUCUUUCUUUGCUGCAUUUGCUUGUCUGUCUGUUGGAUAGAAAUGCACAUGGUUGCUUCUACAAACAAAAUUACAACAUAACUAAACAUCUGUAUUUAAGACUCCCAAAUUUAUUUAUUUUUUUGUUACAGAAGGAAGAAAAUGUGAUAUAAAUUUUAAACACAAGUCCUCCUUGUUGAAGCCUCUGUAAAUGUCAUUGUUCACAUCAAAUUAAAUUAUUCUGUGCAAA